CUGCGGGGUGCGGGGCGUGCGGGGUGCGGGGCGACGGGGGAGGGGUCGGCGGCGGUCUCUGGGCUCCAAGUUAAAAAUGCCGCCGCAGAGCCUCCGAAUCGAUACACCGCGCGUCACGUGCGUCAGCCAAUAGUAGGACGGCGGGAGGGGAGCGGCGACGACAUCGUCAGUAGAGCGCCGCGCGCCGAGCGGAGCGGACGUGCGGCAUGA